AUGGACUGUGGUGAUUUUACAGCUACCUACAUUAUAAAAUCAUCUGAUAAUACGCUGGCAUUUUUCAAGACCCGGGGACUACCCGAUAAAAUGACCGCUAAUGUUGCGGCCUGCAAAUUUAGAUUGGUUAUAAGCAAAUUGGGUAGCCAGUGGACAAUUAGCCGGGUGCUUAUUAACGUUAUAAAGCAUACAAUAAAAUUUGAAUUGGACAAGGAGUUUGAUGAAAUUAAACCCGAUGGCCAUGUAUCCAGGUGUAUUAUGUUGGCUGGCAAUGGAGGCAAACAAUUGAUACAAAAAAUAUUUGCGGAACGGGAGGUAAAAGUUAUCUACGAUUUCAAUGAUAGCGAAGCAGUAAUGACUGCAACCGUUGACGGAGUGACCGGCAAAUGGUUUUUGGUUAAAGAUUAA